CAUGCGCAUCCGCUUCAUCAAUCAAACAAGAAGAAAGAAUUAAAUUAAUUCGGUGAUAAGAUCGAUCCCUACUAGUAAAUAGUAAUAAUCCAGCUGCAAUCCCGAUUGAUUUCCUGCUAUAAAUACCUCCGCCCUCCCGAAUGCGAGCAAAUCAAGAACACGAACGAUCGAUUAAGCAAAUCAAGAACACGAACAAUCGAGCGAGCGAGCGAGCAAAGAUGUCUCCUUCUCCUGAUCUUGCCCGGAUCCUCCCCCGCGUGCUCAUCGUCUCCCGCCGCACCGUCCGCAAGAACAAGUUCGUCGACUUCGUCGGUGAGUAUCACCUGGACCUGAUCGUGGGGUACGGCGCGGUGCCGGUCAUCGUGCCGCGGGUCGCCGGCGUGCACACGCUUCUGGACUCGUUCGAGCCCAUCCAUGGCGUGCUGCUGUGCGAGGGGGAGGACGUCGACCCGUCGCUGUACGACGGCGGGGACGCGGGAGCAGGGCUCUCGGCGGAGCAGCUCGACGCCGUGCGGAGCCUCCACCCGAGCGACGCCGCCAUCGACCACGAGAAGGACUCCAUCGAGCUCCGCCUCGCCCGCCGCUGCCUCGAGCGCAACAUCCCCUACCUCGGCAUCUGCCGCGGCUCGCAGGUGCUCAACGUCGCCUGCGGCGGCUCGCUCUACCAGGACGUGGACCACGAGCUCGCCGCGGCCGCGCCCGCCGCCGUCCGCCACAUCGACUACGACGACUACGACGGGCACCGCCACCCGGUGCGCGUACUGCCGGGGACGCCGCUGCACGAGUGGUUCGCGGAGUCGCUCGACGGCGAGGACAACCAGCUGACGGUGAACAGCUACCACCACCAGGGCGUGCGGCGGUUGGCGGAGCGGUUCGUGCCCAUGGCGUUCGCGCCGGACGGCCUCGUCGAGGGGUUCUACGACCCCGACGCGUACAACCCCGGCGAGGGCAAGUUCAUCAUGGGGCUCCAGUUCCACCCGGAGCGCAUGCGCAAGCCCGGCUCCGACGAGUUCGACUACCCGGGCUGCCCCAAGGCCUACCAGGAGUUCGUCCGCGCCGUCGUCGCCUACCAGGAGAGGCUGGCCGCCGCCGCGUUGCUGGACAGGCGCGCGCCCGCCUCGCCGAAGCUGAACCAGGAGAUGGAGAAGCAGCGCAAGGUGCUCGUCCGGAGCUUCUCUCUCGCCAAGAACCUGUACGUGUCCGGCGCCGAGGCCGGUUCACCGCGGCCGGCGGAGCAACGCGAACUAGACGCCGGCGCCGAGUUCCUCGAGGUAAAAACAAACCAAGCCUUCCGCAUGCACACCGGAUGCCAAGUUUGCCAGCUGCCAUUCCGAGCUAACCGGCGGCGUGUGUGUGCGUGCGCGGUGCAGUCGAACACGGCGGCGCUGAGCGUGCAGCAGGAGAAGCGGCUGAAGCAGAUGGGCGCGACGGUGAGGAACGCGUCGGGGUACCUCAACCGGCUGAAGCUGAACGAGGGGCGGGAGGCGGCGGCGAGGGCGCUGAUGGCGAAGAUGUCCGUCGAGCAGCUCUCCGACCUCGCCUCCUUCUACCACAUCAUGGGGAACAUCUGCUCCGAGGUGCUCGACAGGAAGCUGCACUCUGCUGCCCCUGCUCCAUGAAUUCCUACUUCUUGUGUUGUGUUGAUUACUACUGCCAUUGAUGGCGUGAUGUUAUCACAAUGUUAAUGCAAAGUGAUCAUGGGAUAAUCCUACGAUUUAAGACGCUGUUCCAGAACUAGUUUGUGUUUUUCCUUCAUGCUUGUUUGACUUCGCGUCUGUGUAAAAAGUACAAUGCAUCAGCUCGCUGACUUUGUCAUCCCCUGAACUGACAGGAAAUAUGGCAAGCAGAACUGAAAUUUACGUUCGUCGUUUUCGCUAUUGUGUCAUUCUGAUCCACAGAUUUUUGUCGUCCAAACAAACAAGUUGAUGAGUAGUACU